AUGGCAUUUUCGGAUUUCUUCUGGCAUGGCAUCGUCGCCAAGGUUGUGAUAACGGUUACUGUUCUUCUUGCCCCGAUCGCGGCAGAGACGAUAGAACUCGACUUCAGCAUUGGCUGGGUCACGGCCAACCCGGACGGACUUUAUGACCGCCCAACAAUAGGCGUUAACGGACAGUGGCCUAUUCCGCUGAUUGAGGCUACUGUUGGUGACCGUUUAAUUCUUCACGUCACCAAUGACCUCGGCAACGCCAGCACUAGCCUCCAUUUCCAUGGCCUUUUUCAAAAUGGAACAAAUCAUAUGGACGGCGCCACGGGGAUAGUCCAGUGCCCGAUCCCGCCAGGCGAAUCUUUUACUUAUGACUUCAAGUUUGACCAACCGGGAACCUACUGGUAUCACGCACACAAUGAUGGCCAAUAUCCCGAAGGUCUUCGUGGCCCUGUCAUCAUCCAUGACCCCGAGGGUCCAUAUGAGGGCGAAUAUGACGAAGAAUUGUUAAUUACCUUCUCCGACUGGUACCAUAGGUCGAUGAAGGAUCUCAUUGCCGAUUUUAUAAGCUUCAAGAAUCCAACUGGCGCGGAGCCGGUUCCGGAUUCGGCCCUGAUGAACGACACACAAAAUUUCCAGGUCAAGGUCCAGCCCGGAAAGACAUAUUUGAUCCACAUGGUCAACAUGGGCGCUUUUGCGGCCCAAUAUAUCUGGUUUGAAGGCCAUACGAUGCGCAUCGUCGAGGUAGACGGCGUGUGGACGGAGGCUGCCGAUGCGGAUAUGAUUUACAUGACGCCUGCCCAGCGGUACAGCGUCUUGCUAACGACUAAAAACGACACGAGCGAAAACUUUGCCAUAGUCGGCGCCAUGGAUCAGGAUCUCUUUGAUGUCCUACCCGAGGGUCUGAAUCCCAACGUUACCGGCUGGCUAGUGUACGAUGAAAGCAAGCCACUUCCUGAGCCCGCCUUGCUCGACAAACUAGACGCAUUUGACGAUGUUAAACUUGUCCCUACCGAUGGCGAGGAGCUGUUUGAGAAUGUGGAUUACUCUUUCCAGCUUGAUGUCAAGAUGGACAACCUUGGCGACGGGGCUAAUUACGCCUUCUUUAAUGAUCUCACCUAUGUCGGACCAAAGGUUCCUUCGCUGUACACCGCCCUCAGCGUGGGCUCGGGCAAUUCGACAAAUCCGUCCGUCUACGGCACAAACACUAUAUCCCAUGUUUUGGAGCACAAUCAGGUCAUCGAAAUCGUCUUGAACAAUGCGGAUCCCGGAAAACACCCAUUCCACCUCCACGGCCAUAACUUUCAGGUUGUUUACCGGUCAGAAGAAGAGGCUGGCGUGUUUAUCGACCAUGAGGGCAUCUCUCUUCCCAAGGUCCCCAUGCGCCGAGAUACUUUGUUUGUUCAGCCAAACGGGAAUUUCGUGAUCCGAUAUAGAUCUGACAAUCCGGGUGUCUGGCUCUUCCAUUGCCAUAUUGAGUGGCACAUGGUGCAAGGUUUGAUCGCAACCAUCAUUGAAGCUCCCGAGGCCAUCCAAGGCUUGGAGAUCCCCGAUGAUCAUCUCAGGGUUUGUAAGACAGCUGGUAUAGCGACCUCUGGGAAUGCCGCUGGAAACACUCAAGAUGUCUUUGACCUUGCAGGGGAGAACGCCCCCGUCCAUGCUCUCCCAGCCGGCUUCACAACUAAGGGUUACAUCGCUAUGGUGUUUAGUUGUGUUGCGGGUGUGUUGGGAAUAAUCGUCAUUUCUUGGUAUGGGGCCCUUGACUUGAAGACGAAAGAAGGAUAG